AUGUUCUUUUUGGCGUUUUUUCUAAUAGCAAGCUCCUAUGCACUCGAAAUUCAGUUCAAGAGUGCCAACAACUACUUCAAUGCCACCCACGUGACGCUCUCUGACGAAAUCUCCGGAGGUUAUGUCUACGAUACGGUUCAGGGCCUCGUUACUUUUCUAGAGGGUAACCGGUUCUUCAUGGCCAAGGAUUUGCCAACGCUAGAAUUGGCACUAUCGCGUGACCUAUUCGAUCGCUUGAUUUUCGAUCCAUUGGAUUUAGAUGCAUUGGUUGUGGAAACCCGCAACGGCAGUGAAAGCUCAACUCCUUCUGAAGUAGUAAUCCGUGGGUUUUCACUUAUAAACCCCGAAGUAUCCAAUGGAAAGAAAGCUGUGCCAAAACGGAAGCCCGAGGACGUCAUAAUGGAGGUAGAGAAGAGAAUCUGCUACAUCGGUGACUACGCCCUGAGCGAGGGAAACUACAUGAUCAGCAUCUGUUCUUCAGGUAUUGAGUGUGACUAUGAGGCUCUGCAAAUCCUUGCCGACAAAGUUUUUGGCCACAUGGUCAAUGAGAAUGAGGGUCAGACUUCGAGGAUUGUGAGAAUCGCUUAUGAACACCCGGGUGGAUAUCGUUCGUCCGUGGAGCAUUACAACGGUACAGUAACAGUGGAAGAUCGUGAUAUUCUCUCGACUAAAUGGUGUGAAAAUCGGGGGUCUUGGCAGAAGCUCUUUUAG